UUCACUACCAACGAAGAAGACGAGCCUCUUCUUCUCCGUUUCCUACGAGUGCUUUUCUGUCCUCUCGUGGCGAUUAUGCUGAAUUGCAGUGAAGUAUGUUUUCAAUUUCUUUUUCUUUUCACCGGGAUUUAAUUACACUAAUACUCAGUUUAAAGGUUUCACAGAGAUGCAGUCACAUCGCUAAACGACGGCGAGCUAAGUUAGAAAUAACAGCUGUGGGAAAAGGUUACAUUUCAUUUGAUACACUUGCACCACCUCGUUGUGUGCGUAUUUCGGCUGAAAUAGGCGGAACAUCUUCUCAAAGCUGUCAGCAGACACUUUAGAUCUGGCACUGUUUUGCUCGAUUUCUCAUAGGAUCAGUGUGCACUUUGACCCAGAGGAUAUCCUGUGCCGUCUCAGCAGUUGGAGCGUAAGCGCACUAAAAGCAACACAAGACAAAAGAUCUCUCCAGCUUCAUGCACUUUCAUCCAGAUAAACAGAGAUUUAAGCAUUCGACCAAGCCGAUCAAAGACUGACUGGAAUCAUUAACUUACAAGCUUGACAAUGAUGGAAGAAGUAAAAGAAGUGACAUCUACUCUAAGUGUCGAUGGUCAUAACAUCAAGGUUACAGAGGUGUUGAAGGACGGGGAAACACUUACCUUCCUAAUUGUAUCUCUAAAGCUGUCCUCGACCGGGGAGUACCAUGUGGACCGGACCUAUGAUGAUUUUGAAUGGCUGCAGCAGCACCUGUUCUCUCAGGAGGAUGUGCCUGGGAUACAGGGAGUCAUAUUCCCUCCUCUUCCUGCGAAGGCUCAGGUGAAUGCAUCUGCCAAGGUCAUGAAACAGCUUGGUUUCCUUGGUUUAGAGGACUGGCAGCCAUACUCUAAAGCACUGGAAACUUUCCUCCGGCAGAUUGCUACACACAGCAUACUUGGCAAAAAUAAAGCUGUGGAGAUCUUCCUGACUAGCUCAGAUCCUCCAGGCAGGCAGAGAGUAAGGAAAAACAUUUUCAACCGGCUGAGUCAAGCCGUGGAAGGGAUGAGGAAAGAAGGCCAUAAGGAUGUGGAUGAGUUCUUUCAAACUGAACGUGAUCAUAACCUGGUUCUAGCUGGUGGUGCCAAGACUGCGGCUGAGAGAUUCCUGGAUGUGGUGCAAACUGAGCAAAAAAUAGCAGUGGCCUGUGGGCACUUCUCAACUGCUCUGCAUCUCUGCGUGGAACCAGGGGAGGAUCUCAACAAACAGGCUUUCUCUAAGCUUUGUGUCAAAUUAUCAGAAGUCUUUGCUUCUAUGAAGAAAAAUAUUACAAGUGUUGCUGAGAACAACGUGAGCACUCUCGGCCUGGGCCUGGACCUGGAGUCACGCUACCAGGAGGCAGAAAAGGAGAUGCUCUUCAGGAGAACCUGUAAACUAGUGGAGUUAGAGACUGCCAGAAGGAACGCAGAGAAGGCCAAACCUGUGAAGAAGGCUGCUAUGGAGGAGGUGAAGAAAGCAGCAGAGACGGAGUUUGAUCACAUUUGUGGAGUGGCUAAAGAAGAGAUCGCACGGCUCCAGGGUGCGCGUGUGGAGAUGUUGCAGCAGGCUCUGGUUCAGUGGUGUGAAAAGCAGCUUCUUACAGCCAAAGAAAGUGCUGACCAGUUCAACCAGCACCUGCAAUCCGUUAGAGGGAUGGCCUUGUGACACCACUUUUAAUGAAGCGUCCUCAGUAUAUCUAAACAUAGCAUUGGAUAACCACAACAUGUCCUUCACCUUAUGGUGCUGCAGUCUGAUGUUUCAGUGGAUUCCAACACAUCCAGUGUAAAUAAAGAUAUGUAAGUAAAAGGGAAAGCUUUCUGAUAAUCAAACGGCAUCGCAAUCAUUUGUACACACUCGACCUUACUUCAGUCUCUGCUAAAUCCCACUCGUAUCAAUAAAGCCCCAGUGCAAAUGAUGGUUUUGAUUUCUUUGCAGUGGACUUGUAGCCUCAUGAGGCUAUUGUGUGUGUUUGUAAUGUACUACACCGAUACGUUUGUGCUGAGGGGUGUAUUGUGCUGCUCUCCAGUCACCACAUCAGCCGGGGUCACACAAAAUAAAGUGUGAUGAAUUGAUUCCCAAAGUA